CUUUUACUUUAUAUAUUAACAUUAAAUCAAGCUUUAAAACUUUAAAAUAUUUAUACAUAGAUAGAUAAAUAAUUAUUAAAAUCAUAUUAAAAGUUAUAAUAACCCACUUAAGUCAUAGCAUAGGUUAAAAGAUCCAAUAUUGUAAUGGGAAAUAAUUAAUCUAUAAACGCUGAAGAAAAGAAAUCAUAUAUAUAAUAAAAUUUGCAUUUUGUAAAAUAAGUUGAAAAUGAUGCAUAUGGAGAAGUUAAAAUUAUGAAAAAUGAACUCAACCAGGAAAUCUUAGCAGUUAAGUAGUACUCAUUUUAAGAUAGAGAUAGACUUGAUAAUUUCAUAAAGAGGACUGAAAAAAGAAAGUAACUUAUAAGUCCUUACAUAGUAGAAUUGAUUGAUGUUGAAGCUGACAAAGCUGAAGAUUUCUGCUCAAAUUUCUUUAAACUUUCUCUUGUAUACCAAUAUCAUCCAGAAAAUUUGUUUCAAUUAAUUGAGAAAAGAAAAAAACUUAGGAAAAGAUUCACUGAAUAAGAACUAUUCUUGCUAAUUGAUUGUGUUUCAUCUGCUUUGCUUGUAUUUGACUCUUUUGAAUUGAGGCAUGGGGAUAUAAGACCUCAAACCAUAUUAAUAUCUCAAGAUAAUAAAUUUAAGCUUACUGAUGUAAAAUUCCUCACUCAAUUUUCUUAAUACAAAAGGCUACUAAUAGGAGUUUCUGAUACUAACUAUCUAUCUCCCUAGCUAUUCUAUCAAAUGGAACAUAGGAUAGCUAAUCCAGAACAUAAUGAAACAAUUAGCGAUAUCUUUUCAUUAGGUUUAAUUUGUUUAGAAAUGGCUUCAAUGCGUAGUAUUUAGGGAAUUUAUGAUCCAGAAACAUUUUAAAUAUAAGAAGAAAAAGUGGAAAAGAUAAUUUAUUAAAUGAAAGAGGAUAAAUAUAGUGAGAGUUUAAUAGAAUUAAUUUUACGAAUGCUUCAAAUAGAAGAAAAUGAUAGAAUUAAUCCUUAUUAGAUAUAGUAGUAUUUAGAUCCCAUAAGAGACUCUUACUAAAAUAUCAAAUUAUUGUACACAACCACAAAAUUUGGGGAGAGGUCUUAUAUUGGGGGAGAUCAUUCAUAAAAUCCUUUUAGUCAAUAUUCUCAAAGUUAGUUUAAUUCACCUGAUUCUUAGUCAAUAAUUGUUAAAAACCAUAGUGCAUUUUUGAGUAGAAAAUAGUCAUUCAAUUAAUCUAAUGGAGUAUUUACAAAUAGAGAUGGAACAAAUGAACAAUAGUUACAACCUCCUGCUAUUAUUGAGCAAGCACCUAACCAUUCUUAAGCUUAAUCCUAAAUCUAAAAUAUUGAAGCUACAUUUUAGCCUAAAUAAGAAGACUAAAGAAAACAUGCAAAAAUGAGCCACUAGAUUGAUGAGGAUUUGAAUGAAGACUCAUAAGUACUUAAAUAAAUGUAUUUAGAUUAAAAAUAAAAUGAAGGCUACUAACAACAAAACGAAGUUUAGCAGGAAAAUUAUAAAAACUCAAAUUACUAAAACGAUGACAUGCAAGAUUACUGGGAGAAAAGCUUACAUAAUAUAGAUUAAGAUGUUGAAAAUGUACUUAAUGAAACAAUAAGACUUUAGUAGUAAUACAAUAAAAUGCCUAAAUUGAAUUUAGAUGAAACAGAUAUUGAUAAUUUAAUUACAAGAAGAUUGGAAAAUAAAAAUGAAUCUUUGAUGAAUACAAUGUAUCAACAUAAGCACUCACAUUCCACACACAAUACUUUAGCUUAACCACUUUCCAGCUCUAAUUUUCACAACACUUAAAGACAAAGAAAUAGCAAUCAGAGCAUAUCUUCUAAACACUAUUUGCAUUCUGAUACAAGGUCUCUCUCAAAUCUCUCAUAAGCUAAAUUGGUAAACACAUUAAAUAAUACAAGAUAAAACUCACCAAAAAAUGAAUAAUAACAAGAAUUAAAUUAAAAAAAUGCAAUUCCACUUUCUUAAGACUACAUAGAUAAGUAGUAAGGUAACAAUAAUCUUUAUGAUUUGUACUUAAAUGAGUAUAAAAAACUAGUAAACAUUUAAAAUUAAUAAAAUUAAAAUAAUCAAGAUAGCUAAAACUUUGCUAUAAACUCUCAUCAAGUGAAGCAUAAAUAGUCAAAAUCAUUUUAUAAUUCUAAAUAUUGA